ACAGAAGAAGAGACAGAGGCGCGGCCUUUACUCACAAUCGAAAGUAAAUAUCGUCCGAAGGAAACAAAAAUACAAUAAAAUCCUCAGAACAACAACAAUAAUAAUAAUAAUAAGAAGAAGAACAUUAGUGAUAAUAUUGAUAAUAACCGAGGCGACGGAUCUGAAGCGGCUGGACUUCGAAGUGACGAUGUUCGUGGUCUUUGUUUUUCUUCUACACGUUUCCCAUCAUGCCCUGGGUGUGGAUGUGGAUGUGAGUGAAGGGGUGGAGUCUGUGGUGCUGCCCUGUAAGAUGACUCCGAAAAUAUCUGAUGACUCCACGGUUACGUGGAGGCGCACAGAGCCCUCUAUGACUGUCCACGUGCGGCGCAACAACCGUGACCAGCCCAGCGAACAGAACGAGCUGUACCAAACGCGCACAACGCUACGCCCAGACGCCCUGACCUCAGGCAACCUCUCGCUCACCCUGAACAAACCCACGAAGGUCGACAGCGCGACGUACAACUGCAUGUUACGUCACAGCGGUGAGCUGACAUCUGAGGAAGUCCGGCUGACUGUCAGAAGCACAAAAGAGGACGAGCUGGCAAAACAGAGAGACAUCGCGGCGGCGUUGGCGGGAAUCUUCGGCUUUGUAGCUCUGGGUCUCGCGGUCUUCAUCGCCACCAUCUGCAUGAAGAACCAAAAGAGGCGGAGCCUUUCAGGCACAUCAGCAGAAUUAAAAGCUAUGAACGAGUAAGGACUCCAAAGUACCACGAUGACAUCAUUACCUGCCGUCUGUCCUCGGAACCUGAUCAGCUUCCUGUCCUUCAAACCCCAGUCUGACGUCGACCAGGUGUUUUUGUGCCGUCAUUAUUUUAUUGUUGUCAUGGUGAUACUCAGGGCUACGGUGGCCAAACAAAUACAACACGACCCCCCAAAGAACAUGUCAUAUUAAACGUGUGCAGCAAGUUCUGUUUGUUUUAUGAAGCUACUGUUGAAUCAGUGCAGGUCUUUGUUCCAUUUUCUUUUUUAAUUUGGAAGUGUUGUGACCCCUCUUAGCCACCAUACGGAGGUGAUGUUUUCUCCCAUCAUGCACCAGGACAGGUUUUUUGGGGGUGGGGGGGUUGACGAUAUAGGAUAGUUAAAAUACUAAUGCUUAGCAGAAUUUACCUUGCAGUGCUAAUGUUGCAUGCUGUUUAUAUGAGGUUACUUAAUGAUGCACCGCUGGGACCAACGCAGAGCUUACACCUAGACCCAGUUUCAUAACGCGGUCUGAUCUUGUUUAGUCAACUCAUCUUUUGCUGUUGUUGCACAAAGUGCUUAAUCGGCUAAAGUUUUGUUUACCUGACUGACAUUUUUAGUCCGAUACAGAGGAGGCUAAUCUUACUUUAGUCGACAAAAUUUCAUUGUCUUACCUCAAAAAUAGCAGCUAUCGUGUACCACCAUUUGAUGGAGCAGGAAGGAAGAAGAGCCUCGUGGCGGGAGCGGGUGUUCCGUGAGUGGAAUAAUCCAUUAGAAAUGUUUAUGGACCCCAAGGUCAGGAGCACUUCUCCUCUGCUGUGAUGGACUCGCCCAUGUUUGUAGCAGACAGUCAACCCGGAAGUAAACAAAACUCUCGCGCGCUGGAGGCGUUUCUUGGCAACAGCACCUGUGAGGCUGCUAUGCCCAUGAAAAUCGUCGACUGAUGUUAAGACGGCUAAUCUAUAAAUUUAGCCAUCGAUGUGAAAUGGAGCGUAGUCGACUAAGUAAGUUUAGUAGACUACAAGAUUAGACCGCUUUAUAAAACUGGCCCUGGUCCCAGAUCAGUUUUGUUUCCAGUCCUCUGGAAGGUGGACAUUAAAAUGUCUCAUGUCCAUCAUGUCACCUUCACUUCAUGGCUUGCAUUUGUCUGUGACCUCACUAUAACCAGGUUCAGGUCUAAACCUGGUCCGUGUGAUGAACCCGGACACACCCGGAUGAGGUUUGGUUUGGUUUCGAGUGAGCAUGACGUCUCGCUAUCACUUUAAAGAUCUGCUUUGUUUUUAUUUGAACGUGAGGAAGUGAGUGAGGAGGCGUGUAGACCCCGAGAGCGUGACGUCAGUUACUGAGCGUGCUGAUCAGGUGAAAAGCAGCGGAUGACUGUGACAGGAAGUACAGCAAAAAAAUUGAAUAAAAACCUGCUCACAUGCAAACGAUUGUGUUGUUAAUGCGCUAGCCUUAGCAUGCUUACAUCAGCAUGACACAACCCUGAAAAGCAGGGUCAGCUGAUCCGCCUGUUGCCAUGACAGCAAAAUAGUAACAACAUCGUCUGGAGUAAAAUAUGUGAAUGAUUUUUAAAGCUUUAAAUUAUGUUCCUGUGGAGACAUUUUGAUUUUGUAAUAUUUUAGUGGGUUUGUUUUUUUUUUUUUCUGA